AACAAUUUGAUUUCUCUUUUAUUUCAAUUGACAAUCUUAAUAAUUGUAAUAAAAACGAAAAUUCAACAACUCAUAUAUGACGGAAUUUCUGAUUAAUUAAACGAUAAGUUCGGUCAUAAUGCGGUGAAGAGUUAUUAAUUGGUGUCCGUGGACUGUUGAUGUCGCGAUCACUCAGUGUGCUUAAACCCAGGCUUUCGUCUUCGAUGGAUAUCAUAUUUGUAAACUGGAAAAUUCUAGACGAAUCCCUAGAUCCUGAAGGAGUUGAAAAUUUAGAUAUACGUUGAUCCUCGGCUAUUUCACUUGGCUUUCCAAUUGAAUCGAAGAAACUCGAAAUUUGAGUUGCCUGCUCAGGAUAAGUUUCAUUUGUAGAGAGCGGCGAGACCGAAGAAAUAGUAGAAUGUAAUGUUUUAUUGACUUUCAUUUUGAAUACCAGUUCAUUAAAGUCGCUAUCGAAAUCCAUAUUAUAAAAAAUAGGCAAGCGAAAAAACUCGGCUCGUGGAUGAAGAAACGAAAAUAAAAAGUAACUGUUCUUUAUCGAAACAUGCCGGCUAUUUAUUUAUUGUGAUUAAUCAUCGAAAUAUCAUCGAUAGCUAUGUUAUCAAUUGGCUUGAAAUGCCGGUGCAAGAAGAAGAAACAUAGAUAACAAAUAUUGUUCGUAACAUAAAAACGGUUGUAAAUGCAAUAGAUUAAAUUAAAUAUGAAUGCUUUAAGACACACCAUUUCAAUCGUGGCGCUGGGCACCUUUCAGCUUGGACGCCGUAUGAAAAGCCAGCAUUUGCAUGGACUCCUGCUUGGCACUGGGCUUGGCCUUUCCACCAUCGCAUCGGUCACGUACGCACAGGCCGAAGCAGCAAAGGUCAGCCGAAAGUUGAACGUAUCCAAAUUCAUGGCUGAGCCCAUUACGGACUCGGCUGUUUUGUUGUCUGAUCAAGACAAUAUGCGCCAUCGCAUGGAAUUGAUGAUCAUGGAGAUUCAAGCUGAUUUUUGUCGUGCACUCGAAUCGGAAGAGUUCAAUGGCCAGAAAUUCAAAGUGGACCGCUGGCUGCGCAAGGAAGGAGGCGGCGGCGUGACCUGUGUCCUGCAAGACGGCGACGUUUUCGAGAAGGCUGGCGUCAAUGUCUCCGUUGUGACCGGCUCCCUCCCACCAGCGGCCGUUCAGCAGAUGCGCUCAAGAGGCAAAGAUCUGGCGGAGAACGUUAAACUGCCAUUCUUUGCUAGCGGUGUCAGCGCUGUCAUCCAUCCGCGUAAUCCCCAUGUGCCGACCAUUCACUUUAACUAUCGCUACUUCGAGGUGGAGUUGCCCGAUGGCUCAAAGCAGUGGUGGUUCGGUGGCGGUACAGAUCUGACGCCCUACUACUUGGACGAAAGCGAUGCCCGACAUUUCCAUAAGACGCUAAAGAGCGCCUGCGAUGAGCAUAACACCUCCUACUAUCCAAAGUUCAAGAAGUGGUGCGACGACUACUUCCACAUCAAGCAUCGCAACGAGUCGCGUGGCAUCGGAGGCAUCUUCUUCGAUGACAUUGACGAGCCCAACCAGGAGGGCGCGUUUAAGUUCGUAACCAGCUGCGCUCGUGCCGUGAUCCCAUCUUACCUGCCGUUGGUGCAGAAGCACAAGAAUGCGGACUACGGUACCAAGGAGCGCGAGUGGCAAUUGCUACGACGCGGCCGCUACGUGGAGUUCAAUCUAAUCUAUGAUCGUGGUACUAAAUUCGGUCUGUAUACUCCUGGUGCCCGCUACGAGAGCAUCCUAAUGUCCCUGCCGCUGCACGCCCGCUGGGAAUAUAUGCACGAACCGAAAGCUACGUCCAAGGAGGGUGACUUACUAAUGGUUCUGCGUAAUCCCAAGGAAUGGGUUUAACUUAAAUUGUGUUAUAUUUUUAAUUAACUAUUAAUGGGAUUGGUGCCUUUCAUGAUAAAGUUUUGAUUAUAGAAUAAGAGUUGACAAUAUUUAUGCCCGUACAAUCUAUUUCCGUUAAAAAUUAAAAAGUUUAAUUUUACGACAAA